GGGCUUCCUGGCGGGGUUGGCGUGGCGUGUCGGUGGCGACAUGCUCUACCAUGUCGAAAGUGUCCUUUAAGAUCACGCUGACGUCGGACCCGCGGCUGCCAUACAAAGUACUCAGUGUUCCUGAAAGUACUCCUUUCACAGCAGUGUUAAAGUUUGCAGCAGAAGAAUUUAAAGUUCCUGCAGCAACAAGUGCAAUUAUUACCAAUGAUGGUAUAGGAAUAAAUCCUGCACAGACUGCUGGAAAUGUUUUUCUAAAGCAUGGUUCAGAACUCCGAAUUAUUCCUAGAGAUCGUGUUGGAAGUCGUUAAUGUCUGCCUCUGGAUCCAUACCUGUCACAAUAAAUAUUGAUAUGUUGUGUUGUUGUAAAAUUGAAAUCAGGCAUUUAACAUACUGUGAAAAUACCAAGAGUCCAUGAAAAAUAAUGAAAAGUGGUUUUUCUCUCCCUUGUUUACAUGUUGAUGUGAAGAGGGAAUGCUUAGGAAUUGAGGUUAUGACUACUAUAGAAGGUCAGUCUGUUGCCUCAAAGCACAAGCAGGUAGUUCAUUUGAAGUAAAUGGAUUAUCAAACUGGAACUGGAGGAUUCUUCUGAUAAUUUUUUCUGAGAACAUUUGGAAAAUUAAAUUUCGCUGAUCUUAAUGUUUGUGUUUGAGUUAAAAAUAUAAAAGGAUUAUGGAUUAUAAAUGGCAGUUUGUUCCAUAGCAUCUGGUUUGCAGACUCAAAUAAUCUGAAUCUUAAACGAUUUGUAGUUCAUGAUGAAGGUGAUAGACAUCAGUGGAUAAGUUAACUGUCUUAACGUCUUAUUUAGGUUGUUUUUAAGUUUCAAAACUUCACCUGUCAUAUAAAUUUCAAUUUGAUAUCAAAGAACUAAAAAAAAUCUUUUAACACUUACGUUUGUUGAUGUUCCACACCAAAUAGUUUUAUUAUCCGCCUUUUGCAGGGAUGGGAAUCAACAGUAUAGAAGCUUCCUUUGCUGUGUUAUGCAUUCCUUUAUCAAUCUCUUUUAAUACAGUUUCAAAUAAAACUUAUUGAGGAUAGUGUUUCUAAAUAGCAUUCAGGACUAAUGUUGCCCAAAAAUCUGAAAUCUACAACAAUGUUAAAGGAAAUGCUAAUGAGUUACACUUAACGUAAGGCCUAACAAAGAAAACACUAAAAUUAGUCACCCAACAGAAUAAAGAGCCAGGAAAGGGAGAGUGGGGAAGCCCUCAGGCAAGGAGGAAAACAGCAAAGAUCAAUAGAGCAGGGGACCAGCAAGCUGUCAGAAAUGGCCAGUUGAGUAGAACAAACUCCAGGAGGUAUGUAGGGAAGAUCUGAAAGGGGAUAGUUACCUGACAAAGACACACACAGAAGGCCAUUAGAGAAAGCAGAGAAAGUGUGGGCCUUGUCAAUGUACAGAUUACAACAUGUCCCUUAGGGCAAUCCAAAGAAUGAUUUUAUUUGUCCUUCCAGAGCGAUUCAGAAUCUGCAGAUCUUGAAAGAUGGAGGCUCCUAGUGAUUCAGAAUCUGCUGUAUUCUAAAUGGUGAACUUGCUGGGGAAGCAUGUUCUUUGGAACUGGAAAUAUAGUAGGCUUCUAAUAAAUACUUGCUGAGUAAUCCAUAAAUUAAGAUCUGUUUUUAUCUUAGUAGGUCUCAUUAGUUUCCUUCUCUCAGGCCCUUGGUUCUUUGAAAAAAACUAAAAUGCAACAGAAUCUUAUGCAUAGUGAUAUGGAUGGUUAAGAUUAAAACCUUACCAAGUCUUGUUUGUAAACUCAACUGAACAGUAGGAUUCUGAGUUACCAAAGGGAACUUUGCUGAGGUAUACUACCAAUGUUAAAGGGAGUUUUUAGAAAAUCUGAUGCUCAGAGGUCCUUGUUUCUUAUAAAUCAAGCGUCAGUUAACCACAAAUUUGUGAAUACCCUUUCCCUGAAACUUUUAGUUUGAGUAUUUUCCAAUAUAUUUGUAGUGAAAAAUCUACUUGUAAUAUUACAUUAAAUAAAUAUAUAAUGUCCUGUGCCAUAAAA